AUGAAAUCAGGACAAUUUAUUUGUCUUGGUAAUCUUCAACAUUUAAAGAAUCGGUUUGGUAAAGGUUAUGCAGUGCAAGUUAAAGUAUCUCUUGAGAGAAUGAACGAAUUUCAACAGGAACUUACUAGAAUUUUGCCAGGAAUCGAAAUCGAAGAUGAACAAAAUGGUGUACUUUUUUGUAAUGUACCAUUUUCAUUGUCACCAUCAAACAAUAUACAAAAUGCACCAUAUUCAUCUAAUUUAUCCCUUGUAUUUGAAGUACUCAAUGCAAAAAAAGAACAAAAUAUUAUUGAGAAUUAUUCAGUUACCCAAACAACACUUGAGCAAAUUUUUAUUCGUCUAGCUGGUCAUGAUAUAAAUGAUGAUGAUACUUUGACUGAGGUUGCCACUCUUUCAUCUCAACCCAAUUUGAACACUGAAGCCAUCAAUCAAGGUAUAAAUUAUUCACUAUGUUUCAUACGACAAGGAUUUGUUUCAUUGAAAUUCCACCGAGACGUUUGGUAG